AUGGCCGAAGCGCGCGGCUUCGCCGGCCCAGUUUGGGGGGACCCCCGAAUCGACGUUGGCGACUGGCCCUUGAAAGAACGCCAGCACGAAGGGUAUAACAUCACAGGCUUUCCAGGCAGCAGGUGGUCUGGGCUUGACCGAGUUGUUUCCACCCUGAUAGGGGAAAAAAGAGGCUGGUCUGUGCUCAAUGCCAGUUUUUUGCUAAUGCAGGCAGGAGGUGUUUCUUUUGAGCAAGGUGGGGGGGUCCUUCUUCGAAGCUUCGUCCUAUUCGGGAUCCGCUACAAUCCCUCCUCAAAAAAAAAGAACACAAAGAAAACCACACACACCCUGGCAUGGAGCGCGGAAAAGGCGCCUCGUAGCGCUCAUGAGUGA